AGAUCACGAGUGAACGCCAGCACAGAGGCGGUGAGGGAGAUCUGUGAGUAUGAGUGACAUGUGUUCGGGUUCUCUGCUGCUGCUGCUGCUGCUGCUCGGCCUGAGCCAUGGAGACGUCGGGGAUUUCUCUCCGUGUCUGAGCUUCUUUUACCGGGCUCGGCCACCCACAGGCAUCGCGGGAACUCCGAUCUGCCAGCGCUAUGAGAACCGCUACCACUUCGCCACGCUGUACAGCCGGGAGCGCCGCGCGCCCUGGUUCUCCGGGUACGUGUUCUCCCCGCCGCUGGGGAAGCGGCCCCGGGCGGACUGGAAGUACGAGCCGCAGCUCGCCAACACCAAGGCUGACGGCAACAUGAUCCCGUUCCCAGUUCCACCUGCAACAGUAGACCAGAAUGUCGUUGAGAGCCAGGCCGUCCAGAAGGACUACAUCAACUCCUCUUACACACGUGGGCACUUGAACCCCAGCCAGCACCACAACGACACGGUCGUGCGCCAUGCCACCUUCACCCUGACUAACAUUGUGCCACAGAAGCCUGGAUCCAAUGAUGGUCCAUGGGCCAAACUGGAGAAUUACGUGAAGCAGAUCCUCCAGAAAUACUGCCUGGGCGAGGCGUACGUAGUGACUGGUGUGAUUCCAUAUGAAAAAGACCGCUGGCUGAAGGAUGAGGGCAGAGUAGCCAUCCCUGAGUAUAUGUGGUCGGCGUAUUGUUGCCAGAACUACACCAGGGAUCUUCCAAAGGACCUGAGCUACAGCUUCCCAACGUUUGGAGCCAUUGGCAGGAAUGAUCCGAACAGCACUCAGGAGAUUGUGCCAGUGAACCCGCAACGAAAGCCCAAAGAGCGUGGAUAUGAUGUUGCCCGCAUGCCACUACCGAUCUUAGAAGGGCAUUUGAAGGAAAGAUAUGGGAUGCCUAUCAGUGUUUUCCAUCAGCAGUGCUCCAGCGCAUAACCUUCAGUCAAAAUCAAAGUCCAUGUGCAGACCUUUAACCCUUACGAUUGCCAUUUAUUGCUAAAAUCGAAUACAUUAGUACGUACGUCUUUUAUUUUAAUAUGUUGUAUUUUAAUGUAGAAUAUCUUUAAAAAAAAUAAUAAAUCUAGUAUUAUAAAAAAUAAUAAUAAUAGCCUAGUUUUAGAUUCUACCAAUAGAUGUCAGCAUUUGGUAAGAAAUAAAAAAUCUAGGCCAAAAAAAAGUCCUAAGAUUGUGUUAAGUUGUGACACUGUGAUUUAUUAUUCUUUUUCUUUAAUUGUCUUUUUAUUUUAUGUUUAUCUUGUGCCACGAAAUGCACCAUUAUACCUCAAUACUGUGCAACUGGUAAAAAAUAUUUUAACACUGAAGACGAAGCUGUCCUUAAUGCACAGACGUCUUAAUAAGACACAUUUUUUUGUUCUUUUUACUUUAAUUUCAACAACUGUACAUUAUACCUCAUUGGUAACGCUUUAAUACCUCGGAUUAAUGUCUUAUCUUUUUUUGUAAAAACAAUCCUUUUUGUAUUGUUUUAUAUGUACGGGGGGUGUUUAAGUCAAACCGGAACUUUGAUGACAUUACCAGUAAGUGCCAUAUCCCCAUACAGUCCUGACUUUGCUUCAUGCCAGCCGUGUUAGACGAUCGUGGCUCCGGCAUACUGAAAAAAGCUUAACGUUAUCCAAGCAUGAGUGAAACACUGGGAUAAGUGCAUUAGUGUAGCAGAAGAAAAAAAAAAAAAAGAGUUUUUUAUGUUCAGAACUGUGUCCCGGGUUGACUCGAACACCUCUCAUAUAUACUGCACUGUAUAGGAAUGCUAGGACUGUAAUCAAAUUAACAAUAAUUAAAUCCCUUGGAUCUGAGAAUAAAAUGAA